AUGUCGGUCCCACUAACCCAACUCCAAAACAAGCUGUCUCAUGUGUCGCUCGGCAAAACGCAGUCAACCCCUCCGCUCGUGAGCGAGAUGAGCCCGGAGGCCAUGACGCGCACACCAGCUAGCAGCUGCCCACCGUCCGUCGAUACCCCACCACCACCAACAACCACACCACAACGGCUACCUGGGGGGAUGCUCCGCCGCAAUACCCCAGCGCCGUUAACUGCCACCUACGACCACGGAUGUUCCAGCGCGACUGCCAUGCCCACCAAUAACACCCUCUUGGGGCUGGGGUCGCCUUUCCUAUCCAAGUCCGCCCCCCGUCGCGAUGCGCUAGAGUCGCCCACCUUCCCCCCUCCCCGUCAUCAACAGGAUUGGAGAGAGACCGACACUGUGCCCGACCUGCAAGUGCCUGGUCCGUCUUCUCACAGGCGCUUCUCGAACGCUGAGGACACUGGGUCAUGCACGUCGGCUUCGUCCCUCUUCAGUUCGGAGCGCCACGCGCCCCAGCUUUCGCGCCCGUCUGUGGUCAACGUAUGGGACAUCGGCAACCCUGGCUACGGCGAGGACGACGCCACGCUUCCAGUCAAACGUCCACAAUUCAGUGGCGCGUCGCGCCCUAACGACCAGUUUUGGCAGACGCGUCUCUUUCAGUCUUCGCCCGGACCCAGUUCUCCUCUUUUGGGCAAGUCACUGGCGCCUUCCCCAACUAGCAGUAGACCCCUUUCACCUUUCUUGCCGUUGCCGUUAUCCCGCGUCGAUUCAGCGUCCUCAACUGCAGCUCUCGAGAACGAACCAAUCAACUCCCCUAUUCGGAGUGAGAGUAUAACGGCAUCGACACGGAGGGGAGGUCGCGGUCGCUCGGGCAUGGGACAACACGAGGAUGACCAUUUGUCGAUCCCUUCUCCCGAGUCCCUGCCGCGCCGCACGUCCGAUCCAUCACACCCUUCAGACUCAUCGGCCUUUUUCUUAGCCCAGUACACUGCCUCUCGCGACACACAAAGUGAGAUGGCACAUCACUACACCACCAGUUCCCCACCGUCAUCAGAAGCAAACCAGGUUGACUCGACACCAUCGCGAUCAGCGUCCUCGAAGCGCCCCAAUACUGCGCUUCCCCCAAGACCCGUCCACCACACCUCGGGGCUGCGAAACAACGACCUACCCUUCCCUGGCCGGAGCGAGGGCACGCCCAACUGGACACUGCCCAGGCGCGCAGACCCCUUCCACCCUGUGAGGCCAAGACUCCCUAAAAGAGCCACGAUGCCAGAGAUACCAACCUCCAACGGCACUCCACUGGCUCGCCUUCACCUGUUUGGCGACGACAAGCCAUCUCCAGCGGCCUUCGAGUCGUCGGGUAUCAACAAGAAGCGGGGAGAAAAACACCGACCGAGGUCCUCUCUCCCAAUGGCCAAGCACACUCCCAAGUGGAGCCCCAUGCCUAAAGCCGCUCCCCGUACCGAACAGCGGCCAGUGCGCUCCUUCCUUGCAUCCUCUUUCGCAAGCGCGACAGGUGUGUCACGGUGCGACAUCCGUGACAGUGACAACGACACUCGCGAGGAGCUUUCGCAUGAGUACGAGCUUGAAGACACUGACCAGGAGGACAUGAGUCCCCUCAGGCCAAUGCGCUCGUCACUCCGCCGGUCAAUAGGCUCGCACCAUCGUCGGCUCUCGUCCACCGCAUCUGACUUGAUGACGUCGCCCGUGAGCAGGCGGAACGGCGGUCACGCAAGGAUGUCGUCGACAACUUCGUCGAUCGGAGGAUCCAGAGGUCUUAGACGUAAGGGCAGUUCUCUCUUUGGUUCAGGCGCCAGCGAUGGCGAGAUGCCCACUCCUGCCACGCCAACCAAGAGCGCCCCUCUCGCUGCUAUUCAACCGAAGUGUGGAAUGACGACGCCUUCCCCCACGCCAGCGUCCACGAGGUACCCAUUCGCGCGCCGACUAUCGAUGGCGUCGGUCACAUCGGUUGACAUCUCACCCACGGCUACUCCCCUUGCUCCGGGACAUGUCCGUACCUUGUCGGGAAGUGGACCUGUGGUGCGCGCGUCCAACCUCAUGCUCGCUGCCACCUACCGGGCACACGGCGGCAUGCCUGCAACCCCUGUCGGCGAGUCGCAAAUUGGCGACACGUACAUCCCUAGGGAGGCACGAGAAGCAGGUAUAGGCCGUUAUGAUCGCGACUUUGCGACCAUUCAAGCCCUCGGCCAGGGCGAGUUCUCUUCUGUCUGGAAGGUCCGCUCCAAGGCCGACGACAUCUUGUGGGCUGUCAAGAAGGGCAAACCAUACAGCGGUAACAGAGACCGUCAACGACAGCUUGAAGAGGUCGCGAUCCUACGCGCGAUCGGACAGGUUCAGCACCUGAACAUUAUUCGUCUGGCUGAUUCCUGGGAAGAGGCCGGGCGCCUUCACAUCCGGACAGAGUUGGCUCCGUGUGGCGACCUCGCGCACUUCCUCUUGUCCGUCUCAGAGUUUGGCGGACUGGAGGAAGGGCGAGUGUGGAAGAUGCUUGCUGAGCUCACUUCGGCAUUGCACCACAUCCACUCUCAUGGGGUCCUCCACCUUGACUUCAAGCCCUCCAACAUUCUCAUUACGACCGACGGUAUCCUGAAAGUGGCCGACUUUGGCCUCAGCGUGUUUGCCAUCGUCCCACAGGCCGCCAGCGAUCACUCGCAUGGUGAGCUGGGUGUCAUCAACAGCGACAGCGAGAGGAGCCUCGGGCCGAGCCCCGUGGUCGACCACGAGGGCGACCGCGAGUAUCUAUGCCCUGAGGCAUUGAACGACGUACCGCCUGCCCCGCCCGCGGAUGUGUACUCAUUGGGUAUUAUGACACUCGAGGCGGCGCUGAGCGUCGAGCUCCCGUCGAACGGGGAGGCAUGGAUCAAGCUGCGACAUGACGACUUCUCGGACCUUGAGGACCAGUACGCCAUUCGUGGCGGCCCGAAACCGGACGCGGUUCCGGGCGUGCCGCCGACACCCGUCGUGAGCGCGAAGCUCAUCAAGACCAUCGGCCACAUGAUGGCAUCCAAUCCUGAGCAGCGCAUGACGCUGACUGAGGCACUCGCUGUGGCACCGCUACGGCGGGCGCAGGAGGCGAUGGAACGAGGGAGGGCGGAGGGGGGUUUGUUGAGGGGCCGGAUUGCGGGCCCUGCACUAGUAGAGGAGGCUGAUGAAUGGACGGCGUACGUGCUGGGUGAAAUCGUAUAG